AGGGGGCGGCAGCGCGGGGCGCAGAGACGCGGCCGGGGCCAGGGCGGAUGGGCGGCCGUGGGCCGCAGGGCAGCAGCGAGGCGCGAGCGGGACCCCGGGCGGCGCAGCGGGCGGGCAGUGGGCAGGCGGCGGGGCCUGGUCGCAGCGGGCCGGGACUGGGAUCGGGGCGGGCGGCGGGCGACGGGCCGGGAACAGCCGGCGGGCGGGGAGCGUGUCCGAGUCCCGGGCCGGCCUGAGCGCCGCGCGCGCCCCGCGCCAUGGCGGAGACCAAGAUCAUCUACCACAUGGACGAAGAGGAGACGCCGUACCUGGUCAAGCUCCCCGUGGCGCCCGAGCGCGUCACGCUGGCCGACUUCAAGAACGUGCUUAGCAACCGGCCCGUGCACGCCUACAAAUUCUUCUUCAAGUCCAUGGACCAGGACUUCGGGGUGGUGAAGGAAGAGAUCUCUGAUGACAAUGCCAGGCUGCCCUGCUUCAACGGCCGAGUGGUCUCCUGGCUGGUCCUGGCUGAGGGCUCGCACUCAGACACGGGCUCUCAGGUCACAGAUGGCCACCUAGACCUGCCCCCACCACUGGAGCGCAUGGGUGGCAUCGGGGACUCCAGGCCUCCCUCCUUCCAUCCAAAUGUGGCCAGCAGCCGAGAUGGCAUGGACAAUGAGACCGGCACAGAGUCCAUGGUCAGCCACCGACGUGAGCGCAUCCGCCGGCGGAACCGCGAGGAGGCUGCCCGGACCAAUGGGCAUCUGAGGGGGGAUAGGCGGCGGGACCCUGGACUGCCCCCCGAUACCUCCUCUACUGUGCUGAGCAGCGAGCUGGAGUCCAGCAGCUUCAUUGACUCUGAAGAGGAUGACAACACCAGCCGGCUGAGCAGCUCCACUGAGCACAGCACCUCCUCCCGGCUCAUUCGGAAGCACAAGCGGAGGCGGAGGAAGCAGCGCAUGCGGCAGGCGGACAGGGCUUCCUCCUUCAGCAGCAUCACAGAUUCCACCAUGUCUCUGAACAUCAUCACUGUCACCCUCAACAUGGAGCGACACCACUUCCUGGGUAUCAGCAUUGUGGGCCAGAGCAAUGACCGGGGUGAUGGCGGUAUCUACAUUGGCUCCAUCAUGAAGGGUGGGGCUGUGGCCGCUGACGGCCGCAUUGAGCCAGGGGACAUGCUGCUGCAGGUGAACGAUGUGAACUUUGAGAAUAUGAGCAACGAUGACGCUGUGCGGGUGCUUCGGGAGAUAGUUUCCCAGACCGGGCCCAUCAGCCUCACUGUGGCCAAGUGCUGGGACCCAACUCCCCGAAGCUACUUCACCAUCCCCAGGGCUGACCCGGUGCGGCCGAUUGACCCUGCGGCCUGGCUGUCCCACACGGCGGCACUGACAGGAGCCCUACCCCGCUAUGGUACGAGCCCGUGCUCCAGCGCCAUCACCCGCACCAGCUCCUCCUCACUAACCAGCUCUGUGCCUGGCGCUCCGAAGCUGGAGGAGGUCCCACUGACGGUGAAGAGCGACAUGGGUGCUAUAGUGCGUGUCAUGCAGCUGCCUGACUCCGGACUGGAGAUCCGAGACCGCAUGUGGCUGAAGAUCACCAUCGCCAACGCUGUCAUCGGGGCGGACGUAGUGGACUGGCUCUACACACAUGUGGAGGGCUUUAAGGAGCGGCGGGACGCCCGUAAGUACGCCAGCAGCAUGCUGAAGCGCGGCUUCCUGCGCCACACUGUCAACAAGAUCACCUUCUCCGAGCAGUGCUACUAUGUCUUCGGGGACCUGUGCAGCAAUCUUGCAGCCCUGAACCUCAACAGUGGCUCCAGCGGGGCCUCAGAUCAGGACACUCUGGCACCUCUGCCCCACCCAGCUGCCCCCUGGCCACUGGCUCAGGGCUACCCCUACCAGUACCCAGGGCCCCCGCCCUGCUUUCCACCAGCCUACCAGGACCCCAGUUUCAGUUAUGGCAGCGGCAGCACAGGCAGCCAGCAGAGCGAAGGAAGCAAAAGCAGUGAGUCCACGCAGAGCACUGGUGGGAAUAGUCAGCGGGCCCUGGGCCGAGAGAAGGAGCGCCGGGCAGCUGGAGCUGGGGGCAGCGGCAGCGAGUCGGACCACACUAUGCCCAGUGGGGCAGGUGGCAGCUGGCGGGAGCGCCCAGUUAGUCAGCUCAGCCGUGGCAGCAGCCCGCGUAGCCAGGCCUCAGCUGUUGCUCCAGGGCUUCCUGCUCUGCACCCCCUGGCAAAGGCAUACUCUGUGGUGGGAGGGCCCCCAGGAGGACCUCCAGUCCGGGAGCUGGCUGCUGUCCCCCCAGAGCUGACGGGCAGUCGCCAGUCCUUCCAGAAGGCCAUGGGGAACCCCUGUGAAUUCUUUGUUGACAUCAUGUGAUCUGGGGAGCAAGCCUUUGCCCAUCUCCAGGGGGAAGGGGGGUCCCAGGUUCCCAAGAGACCCCCAAAGGAGGGCACUGGGCCCAGGGUGCAACUGCUGGCCUCAGCAGCCCCGCCCUGCACCUGACCAGUCUGUGCCUCCACAUACACACACACACACACACACACACACACACACACACACACACACGGGGUCUGAGCCUGGGAGUGGAAGCAGACUAGAGAGGGGCUGAGGGCAUUCUGGACCUCCAGAUCAGGAUUUGCCAUUCAGACCCCGGGGUGGCUCUGUCUCCCUUAACACAUGCCUCAGGGACCCCUGAUGAUUCCUCCUUCAUCAGGAGAUGAACCCCACUCUAUGCAGAGCUGUGCACAGGGCCCAAGCCAAGCUGAGGAGUGUUUGCUAGGCCAGGACCCCCAAACCUGGCUUACCAACCCACCCAGAUCUCCCAAGCCAAUGGGGCAGGGUACACCUCUCAGUGGAAUCAGAGUCCAGGCUGUGGCCACCCUGGGCAGGGAACUAAUUUAUUUAUUUAUUGCCUGGCCUGUGCUCUGGGUAGGAGGAUGGGGGUGGUGACGAAGUUAGCUGGUGAGAGCAGCUUGCACCCCACUCACCGUUAGGUCUCAGAGUGGGCACAGGGACACUGGGGCAGUGAGGACAGGGCAGGGGGCAAGAAGGCAACCCUGGGUGGAGAACUGUGCACAUAGCCCCUGGGAAUGGGUUGGGGAGGAAGGCAGCCUCCCACCCUCUCCAUCGCCCCCCCCCCCCGGGCACCCAUGCAGCUGCUCCCCCCACAGUGCCUGGCCUGCUUCUGAGUGAGCUGUAGACACUGUGGAGUUGGAGCACCUGCCUCUGCCUGGAUAGUAACUAGAGCUGCUUCUGUGUAAAUGCUAUUUUAAACACUAAAAAGCAUUUAAUUUUA